GCAUCGCCAAAAUCCAACUACAUCCUCGUAUACUAAGGCCUCGGUCGUUGUCGUUGUCCCUUCCCUUACGGUCACAUGAAAAAGAGAUGAGCACAAGCAAAUGAACGUAUGAGCGGUAAACCUUGUUGUUCAAUAAUAGGAGAAGAUGGAAAGUACUUGUAAUCGACAAUAAACAACAGUUUGCGAGGACAACUGGGAAAAGACACCCGAACAGAUCCGGAUUCAAGACAAAAAAGAACAACAAUGCGAUGAUAUUUGAUUGUUUCAACUGCCUGAGCAAUGGCUGAUGGCAGAGGUCGAGCAGUGAGUGGGUCAAGUAUGUCCUCGUCAGUCGGGGAUGAUGAGCGACUCAGUCUCGGGAAUUCCAGUUCAGGGUACCUUGGUUUUGGGGAUGUAAGUGGACAGGAGGCCAGCGAUAUCCUUGCAGCCGCUUUGCAGCAGAUGGAUGGCAUCAUAGCAGGGACAACAUUUGACAACUGCAGCAAUGGAUUCGGAUCCCUGACCUCAACCCCUGAGAGCACCUUGAGGACUCGGAGCACGAUGACAGACGCACGAAUCAUCAAGCUUCUGGAUGACCUGAAACUCGCGCUAGAUCUGUGCGACGACAAGUCACGCAUCAUUCGAAAGACACCACAGGAAGUGGUGAAUGCAGUUGUGGACUGGUUGCAGACUGGAAGAGAGACUGCAGCCAAGGUGAAUGGUCACAUGCAUGAGGGUCCCGAGGAGCGGGCACGCAGGCUGGAGAUGGACAGAAGCAGCCUUACAAUGCAGGUGAAUGUGCUGACUGAGCAGGUGGAGGCCCAAAGUGAGAGAAUACGGGAAAUGGAGUACCAGCUUGAGAACAGGCGACAGAAGGUCCAGUUCACAGAGGAACGCUAUCAGAAGGAAUUGCUGACGCGCUCGUCACUGGAGACUCACAAGUUAGAUCUGAUGGCGGAGAUAUCGAGUUUGAAGAUCCGCCUGGCCACAGCCGAGAACGAGCGUCGUGAGAUGGAGGAGAGGCUGCGUCAGUCACAGCGACACAUCACAGAGCUUGAGGCUCGAUUGGCCCUGAAAGAUGCGGAGACUGCAGAGCUGAGGCAGAAGUUGGCACGUAAUGGAACACUGGUACCAGAUGUGAAUGAAUAUGAGGUGGACAGACUGAAGAUGGCAGUGGAGGCACUCAUGUCUUCCAAUGCAGAGAAGGACAAAAGGAUUGAUGAGCUUAGACGGUUGCUACGGCGAUACAAGAAGAUUGAAGAGCUCGUUGCACAGGCUCAAGGGCGUAAAGUGCUGGAUGAGAUUCUGGGCAUGGAGGACGACACAAGUUCCACCUCGUCUACCACCCCUUCUGUGACCAACGACAUCACCAAGACCACAGACACCACACCUCUCAUGGCAGAUGAGCUGCGGGGUGAGAAGAACUACAGCAUCUCCCCCAGUGCCACCAGUACUCCAGUAAACUCGUUCUCAGGGAUGCAUGGCAACCUCUCGUCUCCACCGUCCACCAUUGCCAGCGUGAAACCCACUCGGCGCAUACAGAGGUCAAACAGCGCGGAAGAUAUAACCAAGAAAAACAACCAAAAGACACCUCCGCCAAAGCGCAGUGCCGAUAACGUGAAACGCAACGGAAGCUAUGCCCAGGCAGAGGUGGUGACAGAUGAGGAAGAGGGGGCCCAUCAUCCUGGAGAGAAACACAAGAAGAGGCGGGGCUUCUUCAGGUUCUUUGGAAGGUUAAAGCGUAGUGGCUCUCAAGAUUUCCAAGAGCGGGCAGGGACGGAUGAGUUUAGGAGAGGUGGGAUACGUGCCACAGCAAACGCACGCCUUGGCUGGUCCAGGGAUAUCAAGAAGGACUUAUCACAAAUAUCGGAAGCAGAUUUUGAUGUGAAUGUUCCGUUCUCGCGCUGGGACAAGGAUCGCAUCGUGAUCUGGUUCAACGAGAUCGGACUCAACAUGUACCUCUCGGACGUCAAGCGUUGGUGUCGUAAUGGGGAUCAACUGCUCAAGGCUUCACAGCACGAACUCGAAAAGGACCUGUACAUGCGUAACCCACUCCAUCGUAAGAAGUUACAGCUGGCUAUGCAAGCUGCCACAGGGGGCAGCACAAACAAAGCUGGAGAUCUCGACCACACUUGGGUCAUGAGAUGGCUGGAUGACAUAGGUUUGCCCCAAUACAAAGACUCGUUCUUCGAGGCGCGGGUAGAUGGCAGGAUGCUUCAUGCUCUCACUGUGGAGGAUCUAUUAUCGCUGAAAGUGAGCAACGAACUUCACCACCUCAGCAUUAAGCGUGGCAUACAGAUCCUGCGCUUGAACAACUUCAACCCUGGGUGUCUUAAGAGGAGACCUACUCCGGAUGAGGGUGCCUUGCAUAAUAUCCCUGGAGACGUGGCUCUGUGGACCAACCACCGCGUGAUGGAGUGGUUACGCACCAUAGAUCUCUCUGAGUAUGCCCCCAACCUUCGUGGAAGUGGAGUGCAUGGAGCCCUUAUGGUUCUGGAGAGCAGGUUCAAUGCAGAACUGUUCGCCGUGUUGUUAUCAAUCCCACAGCAAAAGACGCUGUUGCGACGUCAUCUCAACACACACUUUGUGACACUCGUUGGCAACGAAAUUCAGAUCAAGAAGCGAGAGCAAGAAUCCUCAGCAGGCUACAUACCACUCGUGCCCAACGCUAAAGUAAAGAAAGGCAAAUUUGGCCUGUUCAGCCACAAGAGAAGCAGGUCUGAGACGGAGACGGACAGCUUUAUCUGCCCGCUUGACCUUGCGCUACCCCUCGAUAGACUCAAGAUCAGCGCACUGCAGUACCAGGAGAAAGAGCACGAUGCCAAAGCAGCAAAGGAGAUUGGGGCUUUUUCUAAAGAAAUCACCACACUGACAACAGUUGUUGAAGAUAGCCAUGAUAUAGAAGAUGUGUUCUAGUCUUUGAAUCAUCAACUUGGAAAAGAAAAUUACUUCGACAGUGUCCCCUCGUCUAAUGUAUGAUGUUGGACAACGUUUGAAUAUUGAACUAAGUGCCUCAUACUGCUGAAUAUAUGUGACAUUUUUAUCUUGUGUACAGAUCUUUUUGUGUUUUAGCUUCGCUUGUAUCUAUUGUUUUUAGUUUUUUACCUCGCCUGCCAAAUUUUGGAGAUAUUGUUGGCCUUAUUUUACCUUGGUUUUGUCCGUUAUAUUAGCUUUUAUAUGGUUUUGCAACUGCAAUUGUUAUAAAGAAGUAAACAGUUUAGUCAAUGAAUUAUAUCAUUUAUUUAUAAAGAACUUUCUUGAGAUAAGUCAGAUUAAAUGGGUGAAGACAAAUUUGUUUUGUCAAGUUUAUUGUCAUUUAGAUGCUGAUUAUAUUUAACUCUUUUUAUGCCCACCUUCGAAGAAAAGGGGGUAUAUUGUUUUGCACAUGUCAGUCCAUCCGUCCGUCCUUCCGCCCACCAGAUGGUUUCCGGAUGAUAACUCAAGAACGCUUAGGCCUAGGAUCAUGAAACUUCAUAGGUACAUUGGUCAUGACUGGCAGCUGACCCCUUUUGAUUUUCAGGUCUUUAGGUCAAAGGUCAAGGUCACAGGGACUCGAAAUAGUAAAAUGGUUUCCGGAUGAUAACUCAAGAAGGCUUAGGCCUAGGAUCAUGAAACUUCAUAGAAAUAUUGUUCAUGACUGGCAGAUGACCCCUAUUGAUUUUCAGGUCACUAGGUCAAAGGUCAAGGUCAAAGUGACUCGAAACAGUAAAAUUGUUUCCGGAUGAUAACUCAAGCAUGCUUACGCCUAGGAUCAUGAAACUUCAUAGGAACAUUGAUCAUGACCGGCUGAUAACCCCUAUUGAUUUUCAGGUCACUAGGUCAAAGGUCAAGGUCACAGUGACUUGAAACAGUAAAAUGUUUUCCGGAUGAAUGCUUACUCCUAGGAUCAUGAAACUUCAUAGGUAUAUUGAUAAUGACUGGCAGAUGACCCCUAUUGAUUUACAGCCCAUAUGGGGGGCAUGCAGGUUUUACAAACAGCCCUUGUUUUUAUUGUUUUUUUCUUGUUUUGUAAAUAUGCCAUGGUAAAAAUAAUCUCCAAGAAUGUGUGUAUAGUAAGGUAUGGACAGCGACCCUGAAAGUAAAAUUGAUUUGAAUUUUCUGUUUUGUCUUGUAAAACAGCUUUGUGGCCUUCAACCUUACCCCAACACUCUAAAAGAAAAUAAGAAGUACGAAAAAUCUUACAUAAUAUGUGUAGUUGGUUUAUGUAGUUGAGGAUAAUAGGACUAAGACCGCUGCAAGAAUAAAUUGUGGUUUAUAUUUCUCAAUAUAUAUUGAUGCAUUUCUUGACAAAAAUGUACUUUUCAAAAGAUUGUGAUGUGAUUUUAAAAGGGUAACUCCAGAUCAAUGAGAGAGAUACCUUAUUUGUGUUUUGGAAUGCAGAAAACUUCAUUUAGAUGGGCAUGUUGGAUUUGUAGAAAAUUUGAAUUGUAUAAAACUGAUCUUUAUCUCAUAUGUCUGUGAUGUGAAUAUCUGCUUUUUGCUUUGCUUGUACUUUUAAAUUACUGGUUGUUAAUUUCUGUCCCUGUUGAAAUUACUAAAUUUAAUGGUUUAUUUAUUCAAAUUAGGUUUAUUUAAAUUUAUUGAGUUAAUGAUGUAAAUAUCUCAGCACUGAGUAAUUUGACUUCUACAUGCAAAAUACGUAUAUUCUCUUUUCUAGACUUUUAUACAAAGGUAUAUUUUUGUAAUGAUUGAUACUUACCAUAGUUGUAUUUUUUUAAUGUUCUUAGUAGAAUAUAGCUCAAUUGUUGAAACAAUAAUACUGACUUUUGUUUACGCAUAUUAUGUUCUGGGAACAUUUAAGUAUGUAUAAAGAAAUUGCUUUUGACGGGUUAAAUAUCACAUAAUGACAGGUACCUGUUUCUAUAUUGAAGCCCCUUUGACUUUAUAAUAUUACAUUAAAUGUUGAGAUCAUGUGUUUAUAGUACACAAAGUUGAUCUUGUUAGUACAACACAAAGUUGAUUAGUACAAUAUAAAAACCUCAAGAAAAAAUGAGCUGGUCUAUAUGAAAACUGGGCUAAAAGCAUCUGCAUAAAGUAAAGUCUCAGUUUUGCCAGUGCAGUCAGCAUAGACUUAUCAGGUGCAACCCUUACCGGCUAGACUCAAGUUACAUUAUGGAUAUAUAAUAUAGACUUUGGAAAAUUUCAUGAAGCAUAAAAUGUUGUCCCUAGUAUAAGGCUCAUCUGGGACAAACAUUCACUCACAUGAUUUAUUCCUGGCUUGCCCAGAGACUAGCUCAUAUUGUGAGAAUGGUUUGGACAAUUAAAAUAGGCUGUGCUCUGUGAAAAUGCAGUUGAAUGCAUGGGCGUAAAGUGUCGUCCGAACAAACUAAUCAGGGACUAAUCUGGGAGGACUCUACCCACCUAAACUAGAUUAUUGCAUAGGGGAUACUUUUGGCAACGAAAAAUAUCAUAAAAGAGGGAAGUUGUGUUGCUGAUUAGCCUGUGUGGACUGCACAGGCUAAUCUGGAACAACACUGCGUGCAUGCAUUAAACCCCUUUUUCACAGAGAGCAGCCCAUAUAUUUGUAUGCCCCCAGAUCGAAUGAUCCAGGGUAUAUUGUUUUUGGCCUGUCUGUCUGUCAUUGUAUGUGUCUGUCUGUCAUUGGAUGUGUGUGACUGUUUGAAAACUUUAACCUUGGUCAUAACUUUUGCAAGAUUGAAGAUAGCAACUUGAUAUUUGGCAUGCAUGUGUAUCUCAUGGAGCUGCACAUUUUGAGUGGUGAAAGGUCAAGGUCAUCCUUCGGUCAAAGGUCAUUUUUUUCUAAAAUAGCUGCUGUGCGGCUUCAAAGCGCGCAGUAGGGGGCAUUGUGUUUCACAAACACAGCUCUUGUUCAGUACAGUUACUAUAGUUGUGCACUGAGCCUUCAAUAUUUGUACAAAUCUGUGCCUGAUCUAGUUUAUUAUUGUGCAUGAUUUGUUACUGGUGUUUGUGUGAAUAUAAAGUUUCAGUAACAAAUAAUUUCAAGUAGCGCCCUGUGAACAAAUAUGGUUGUGAUCAGUUGAUAUGUCUCUUAUAUGUACAUAAUUCUUAUAGAUGCCAUUGGGUUAAUGUUUUACUACAUAAAAUGCAUGAGUUGGUGAUACAUUUUGAUGAUAUUUCAAGUUAAAACUGUAACCAUGUUUAUAUCCUGUACCAGAAUGCAAGUUCAAAUUUCUAGUAUCACUGGUAAUUGCACUGUCUUAUUAUAAAUACUUCUUGCUUUUUAUGUCCGCCACCACUAUAGUGGGGGACAUAUUGUUUUUGCCCUGUCUGUUGUUGUGUUUGUUUGUGCAAACUUUAACAUUUGCCAUAAUUUUUGCAAUAUUUAAGAUAUCAACUUAAUAUUUGGCAUGCAUGUGUAUCUCAUGGAGCUGCACACUUUGAGUGGUGAAUGGUCAAGGUCAUCCUUCAAGGUCAAAGGUCAAAUAUAUGGGUCAAAAUCGCUCAUUUUAAUGUACACUUUUGAAAUAUUGAAGAUAGCAACUUGAUAUUUGGCAUGCAUGUGUAUCUCAUGGAGCUGCACAUUUUGAGUGGUGAAAGGUCAAGGUUAUCAUUCAAGGUCAAAGGUCAAAUAUAUGGGGACAUAGUGUUUCACAAACACAUCUUUUGUUAAAUAUGCUUUUCCCUCAGUGUUCAGUAUUGAAGAUUGUGUCUUCCUAAAACUUUAAACAUUUUGUAGGGCCUCAGUAAAAAAGUGUUAAUGUCAAAAAUUAGUGAAGUUGAAAAUGAUCAAAUCUAGUGCAUAUAAUUGUUUAAUCAGUCAGGCAUGAAAUUAAACCUUCUGUUACAAAAAUAUAGGGUAUAUUGCUUUGCAUCUGACAGUUGGUGGGUCUGUCUAUCCAUAGAACAGUUUGUUUCAACACAUGUCAAGAGAACAGUUUGAUCAUUUAAUAAUGUAAACUGGUAUAGACUCAUAAGAUGAGACUAUAUUGAGUUCAUGGUUGAAAAGGUAUCAAGACACAGGGCUUGUUACAUUUAAUAUGUUUUUGUUUGAGAAUGCUUUUACCUAUCAAGACACCUAUCAAUUUUGUGAACAGCUGGUCAAAGGUAUAGGUACCUGUGUAUUCUAUCCUUAUAACAGUCUCUAUGGAACAAUAUCUCAAAAAUGCUUAUCCUAGCCUCAUUGAUAUGAGCCGCACUCUGUGAAAAGGGGGUUUAAUGCAUGUGCGUAAAGUGUCGUCCCAGAUUAGCCUCUGCAGUCCACACAGGCUAAUCAGUGUUGACACUUUCUGCCUAAACUAGAUUUUUGCUAAGAAUAGACCUUCUUUAAACAAAAAAUAUCUGAAAAGCAGAAAGUGUCAUCACUGAUUAGACUGUGCAAACUGCCAAGGCUAAUCUGGGACAACACUUUACGCACAUGCAUUAAACCUCCUUUUCACAGACGGCGGCCCAUAUAUAAGUAUGUUGGUUAGACAUUAUAAUCAAAGGGAAGAACUAUUGAUUUUCUGGUCAAAGGUGAUGUCUGGGGGCUUGUAAUAUUUUAAAAAUAAACAUUUGCACAAAAUGAGGAGUGGGCUGCAAUUCUGGGGACAAACAAAGGGAUUUGCUGUACUGGAGUUCUUGUGUGAAAAAUUACUAUGUGCAUCAAUAAUUGUCCAGAUUAAACAUGCAAAGUAGAUAUACAAAAUUGGAAUACGUUGCAUAUGGGUAGAAAAACACAACAAUCUUUUUAAUGCAUUUUACUGCUUCACAACUGGGAUACCUGUGUCAUUUUUUACAUGAUUUUUAAAUGUCUUGUCCUUACAUGAUGUAUAUAAUGUAUAUACUAUGUAGAUAGUGUAGUUUACAAACUAACAAUGCCAAACUAAUCAUGAUUUUACCAGAUGCACAGUGUAGAAGUGUGUUUUGCAACUGGCACCAUAAAUAAUGAAUGUGUAGAAAGUGUAGAAACAUUGAAAUACAAUAAAUAUUGGAUCAAAUA